AUGGAGGUAAACAAAGAUGAAGCUUAUCGCUGUUUAGAUCGGGCCGAGUAUUAUAUCAUCGAAGGCGAUGUUGAAAAAGCAGAGAAGUUCAUAAAUAAGAGCAAAAAACUUUUCCCAACUUCUGAAGCGGAUGAACUAUUAAAAAAAUUAAAAACCCAAGGUUCGAAAAAACAUUCAACAUCAAAUGUAAAACCUGAUGGACAAAAUGCUAAGAAACGUAAAAAUACGCCUCCAGGUAGCCCUAGAGCAGAAAGAGCUAAUCAGCCAACAUAUACGAAAGCACAGUUGGACACAGUCAAAAAAGUUAACAACUGCAAAGAUUUCUAUGAUGUGCUUAGCAUAAAAAAAGAUGCUACUGAUACUGAAAUAAAAAAAGCAUAUAAAAAAUUAGCCCUAGUAUUGCAUCCAGAUAAAAAUCAUGCACCUGGAGCAGCAGAAGCAUUUAAAACUGUUGGUAAUGCAGUCGCCACUUUGACUGAUGCAGAAAAACGAAAACGUUAUGACAUGGUUGGCCAUGAGAAUUCUACAUCCGAUCAUGUACACAGAAAUUAUGAUCAUGGUUUUGAAUCGGAUAUUACAGCUGAACAGUUAUUUAACAUGUUCUUUAAUGGAGCUUUUCCAACAAGACAAGGGCCAAUGACACACCCAUACUAUUCUCGAUCAUUUUCAAGACGUUGGCCACCAGAGACUGAUAAUGAUAAUCAUCAACAACAGGAAUCAUCAAGCAUAUAUUUUCAACUGUUACCAAUUCUUCUACUACUUCUGCUAUCAUUGUUUUCAAACUUUUCGUAUGACCCUGUGUAUACUCUAAAACAUUCCCCGAAGUACCCUGUUCUUCGUCGAACAUCAUUCAGAGACAUUUCAUAUUUCGUGAAAGAUAAUUUUCAUACCGACUAUACAGGUGAUUUAAGACGUCUAGAGCAUACUAUUGAAGAAGAUUAUAUAAAUACAGUACGAACAAAAUGCAUACGUGAAAAAGAAUACUAUGAGUCGUUAAUGUGGAGAGCACGUUUAGAUGAUGAUUCUACCUUAUUCAAUAAAGCAACUAAAUACCAAAUGAAAUCUUGUGAGGAGUACCAAACAUUGAUGAAACAAAAAUAUAAAUAA